GAUUACGGAAGAAACAGAAGUGUGGUGUGACCAUGGGGAAGCAAAAUAAAACAAGGAAGUAUGCAACCAUGAAGCGAAUGCUUAGUCUCAGAGAUCAGAGGCUUAAAGAAAAGGAUAGAUUAAAACCUAAAAAGAAAGAAAAGAAGAAUCCCAGCACAUUAAAGGAAAGAGAAGUUCCCCAACACCCUUCCCGCUUAUUUUUCCAAUAUAAUACACAGCUUGGCCCACCUUACCACAUCCUCGUUGAUACCAACUUUAUCAACUUUUCCAUAAAAGCCAAACUGGACUUAGCGCAGUCAAUGAUGGACUGUCUAUAUGCCAAGUGUAUCCCUUGUAUAACUGAUUGUGUCAUGGCUGAAAUUGAGAAAUUAGAGCAGAAGUAUCAAGUGGCUCUAAGGAUCACCAAGGAUCCAAGAUUUGAACUAUUACCAUGUGCACACCAAGGAACCUAUGCAGAUGACUGCUUAGUACAGAAUAACUCAGCGUAGUGUUACAUUAGGGCCACAGUUGACUGGGACCUUAAAAGAAGAAUCUGUAAGAUUCCUGGAGUUCCUAUCAUGUACAUUUCUAACCAUAGAUACAACAUUGAAUGGAUGUCAGAUGAUUAUGGGGCCCCUUGAUUCUAAUUCUUACAAGACACAGUUCCUCUG